UUUUUUUUCUUUUCUUUCUUUUUAAUAAUAAUAAUGAACGUAAAACAAGAAUCAAAUUUCGAACCUAAUAAAGAUGAUAUCUAUCAUUUAACAUCAUAUACAUGGAUAGUUAAAGAUUUUCAAGAUAUCUAUUGUCAUAUGGAUAAGUCACAAUUUAUUUUAAGUGAAAGAUUUUAUUCACCAUCAACUCCAAUAAUGAAAGAACAUCAAGAAAAAAGAGAUGAUAAUAUUUGGAGAUUUUUAUUCGUUCCACAUGGAAAGUCCGAAAUUUCUAAAGAACAUAUAUCACUUUACUUAUUCCCUCUUAAAAAUGAAUAUGAAGAACAAAAUGGUAUAUGUUAUCGACAAGCAAUAUAUCAAAUUGAAAUGUUUGUACAUAACGAUAAACGUACUUCAUUAAUAGAUCCCAAGGAUAAAAUAUAUAAUCAUAUCGCAAAGUUAAAUAAUAAAUAUAAUAGAUGCGGAGAAUAUGAUUAUUGUGAACUCAAGAAUAUUUUUCCUAAAGAUAACGAUAAAACAGAAAAAACAGAUUUAAUUUUUAAAAUUCAAUUUUAUUAUGAUAAAAAUUAUACGAUAGAUAUAUUUCCGUCUAAUGAUAUAAAAGAUAAUUCAAAAGAUUCAUCUUUAUCAUUUGAAAAUUAUUUUAAUGAUGAAAAUUUUAGUGACAUUACAUUCAAAUUUAGUUGUGGGUCUGAAAUCAAAGCAAGUCGACUUGUUCUUGCAAUAAAAUCAUCAUAUUUCAAGGCCUUAUUUAAUGGAAAUUGGAAAGAAUCGAAAUCUCCAAUAAUCACAAUUAAAGAUGUUAAAUAUGAAUGUUUUAAAAGAAUGAUUAAUUUUUUAUAUAGUGGAAAAUUAGAUAGUAACUUAUCUUUUGAAGAAUUAAAAGAUUUGUUUAUUGAAUCUGAUAUUAGAGAUAUUAUGGAAUUAAAAAAGGCGGUUUCUACGAGAAUUGUUAAGCAUGUUAAUGAAAAUUAUUGGGAUGAAAUAUUAUUAAUGGGUUGGCAAAUGAAAAAUAUGGAAAUGAAACAAGCCGGAUUGAAAUAUUUUAGUGAACAUUGGAUGGAGAUAAAAAAUUCAGAAAAAAUGAAUAAUAUCAUUGUAAAUUCAAACUUUGAUUGGUUGGAAGAACUGUAUAAGGCAAAGCUAUUUGGCGUGGGCAAAUAAUACUUUGAACAAUUACGGGCGUGUACUAUUUUUUUUUUUAAAAAAAAAAUAAAUUCCAUUUCAGGAGUGAAUUAUGUAAAUUUGACAAUAUUUCCUCUGGAUCAUUGCAUUUUGAAC